AUGUCGUUGACAAGUUCAUCCCCUGCCGAGGCGGCAAAACAAGCCAAGACUGCCUCUCACGUGCUGGCAACCCUGCCGACGUCCGCAAGGAACGAUGCUUUGACGGCGAUACAUGCAGGCCUCGCCGCAGCUCGGGACGACAUAUUAGCAGCUAAUGCUCGAGACCUUGAGGGUGCCCGCGUGGCUGCCGAACAUGGUCAGCUAAGCCAGAGCUUGGUCUCACGACUGGAUUUGGGUAAAAAGGGGAAAUGGGAGGACAUGCUGAAGGGCAUCCUAGACGUUCGAGAACUUGAAGAUCCAGUUGGCAAGGUGGACUUAAGAACGCUGCUCGAUGAUGGGUUGGAGUUAACCCGAGUCAGCUGUCCUAUUGGUGUCCUCCUGAUCAUCUUCGAGGCUCGCCCUGAGGUAAUCGCCAAUAUUGCCUCUCUGGCCGUCAAGUCGGGCAACGCAGCUAUCCUCAAGGGGGGCAAGGAGUCUACUGAGUCAUUCAUCGCCAUAUCCAAGGUCAUCUCCGCCGCGCUAGAGAAAACAAAGGUCCCCAACAACGCCAUUCAGCUCGUCACCACAAGGGAUGUGAUCCCGCAACUACUGGAACUGGACCAGUACAUCGAUCUUGUUGUCCCAAGAGGCUCCAAUGAACUGGUGCGAUCCAUCAAAUCUGGCACCAAGAUCCCUGUCCUUGGGCAUGCAGAUGGCUUAUGCUCGGUCUUCCUCGAGCAAUCGGCCGAACCAAAGACGGCGGCUGACGUUAUUGUCGACUCAAAAACAAGCUACCCGGCUGCUUGCAAUAGCUUGGAGACUCUACUGGUCCAAGAAUCAGCCAUUGAGACUACUCUACCCGUAGUAGCGGAAGCAUUGAUAGCAAAGGAAGUGGUGCUGCGGUGCGAUCCCAAGACAAAAUCAGCCCUGGCCAGCAGGUUGUCUUCUGAGCUCUCGUCUAAGCUUCAAGACGCCAAGGAUGUUGACUACGAUACGGAAUUUCUCAGUCUUACACUGGCAGUCAAGGCGGUUUCUGGUAUUGACGAGGCGAUAUCCCAUAUCAAUACCCAUGGCUCGAAGCACACCGACGUCAUCUUGACCUCGUCGUCUGAGCUCGCCGAGCAGUUCAUGUCCAGUAUUGACGCUGCUGGAGUCUACUGGAAUUCGUCGACUCGCUUUGCCGACGGUAUGAGAUACGGCUUCGGCACCGAAGUCGGUAUCAGCACCAAUAUGAUACAUUCUAGGGGACCUGUAGGCUUGGAGGGCCUGACCAUCUACAAAUACAAGCUCCGAGGACAAGGUCACGUAACAGCUGUAUAUGGCGAGGGCGACGGGAAGAAGCCCUUCAAGCAUCAGAAGCUUGAUCCAUGA